AUGGAGGAAGCAGUAUUCCCAGUGCUGUAUCGGGCUAAGCUCUUGCUGCGAGAGGUCAUAUUCUGGGACCUUCAACAACCGGAACCUUCGAUUCGCCUUGACGGAGGCCCGCCCCACCGACCCCUAUUCACUGAUGAGAUCGACCAAGAUGCUCACUGUCGUUUACUCUAUAAUUGCUUGGCACAGUUCCUACAGGCGUUUGAGAGUGCCACGGUCAAGAAGGGCCCACAGGAUCCGAAGAGCUGGUCCGCGGUGUUUAUUGCACUUUGCAUCUUCAGUGUUGUGCGAACAAUCUUGGUGGACAUUGCUUCUUAUCUGCCGAGACGCCUAUCAUCGCACACUCCUCCAACCUGGAGGGGUACAGGCGGUGUGCACGCCAUGAACAGCGUCUACAAGCUUCUUGUCACGCUCUUUGCAAAUUCCGGGCCCAUGUUACUUGAUGAACAGACCGUGGAUCUUGAUGAACGAGACAGGGCAAUCAUGGACUCCCUGUACAUGGUUAUGCGAAAGGACAUCUGGGCUCAGCAAGGUUAUGUUUCUUCCAAGGAUUUCUUGAUACAUCUUGGAGAUGGCAACAUGGAAGGCGCUGCCACGUUCAACGGGUUCCUCAGGCAAAGAGUUCCAGCACGUACCAGUACGUUCGUUCUCCCGCCCAUCGCCAAACCUGGCGAAGAACCCAGACGUCCUAUGCACGACCCCCGAGCUCUGGGCGAUCCGUGGAUCCCGAACCCUGCCCCGCUAUCAGAUCGAGACCCUUUUGCCGCUACGAUCGGUCCGGAUUACCUCACUUCGCCCCAAGGUAUAGAUCCCUUAGGUCGCAGGCAUACAGUUGGAGAGAGUCCAACGUUUCCCCGAGGCCCCUUGAGGCCCUUGGAAUCGCCGCUGUCGGGCGGUAGAGGGCGGCCUACCUAUCAGCGGCCUCCGUUGCGUCGAGUCUACUGCAUAAAGUGCAACGAGUACCCUGAAGGGUUCAGGGGCGAACACGAACUCCGUAGGCAUACCGAUGCUAAACACGCUUCACUGGUGAGGCGCUGGGUAUGCACUGAGCCAGACACUUACAGCCCAACGUUGCCGCAGCCUGUCAUACCACUUGCAAAAUGCAAAGCGUGUGUGACGCAGAAACGAUACGGGGCCUACUACAAUGCGGCGGCACAUCUCCGGAGAGCACACUUCAACCCGCACAGAGGUGGGAAGGCCAGUGGAGACUGGCCGCCCAUGACUAUUCUCAAGGACUGGAUGAGAGAGGUGCGGCAGUCUGUUGAUAUUCAAGACCAGGACGACUCUAGUGGAGGGGAAGAGGCCGAUUACAAACAGCCGCUUGAGUACUUCACUCAAGCGCCACCUCCACCGCCGCCUGCUCGAUCUCCUACGUUCGGCCCAACGAUGCUAGCGGCAGCACCGUCGGCCGUCCCCUUGAUGAUAGCUCCCGCUGAAUCAAUGGUGUCUUCUCAGAUGAGCAGCCCUUCAAGCAAGACUCUUGAUAAUCGGACUCGGUGCCCUCACCCAGAUUGCGGCCGCGUCUUUAAGGAUCUCGCAGCACACAUGCUUACGCAUCAAGAAGAACGUCCAGAAAAGUGCCCGAUAGAGACUUGCGAGUAUCAUACGAAAGGAUUCGCGCGCAAGUAUGACAAGAAUCGACAUGCGCUGACGCACUACAAAGGGACGAUGGUUUGUCCGUUCUGCCCAGGGGUGGGCACUGCGUACGAGAAGGCGUUCAAUCGUGCGGACGUGUUCAAGCGACAUCUCACUUCGGUACACAACGUUGAACAGACGCCUCCCAACAGUCGGAAGCUCAUCAUCAGCGGAUCCGGCAAUGUCCGAGGAGACGGUGCCAAGUGCUCAAUCUGUCAGAGUUAUUUCGGAACAGCUCAAGAGUUUUACGAACAUCUUGACGAUUGUGUUCUUAACGUUAUCGUCCCGACAUCGGCCAAGACGCCUAGGGACUCGUCGGUGUUGCCCUCAGUAUCAGGUGUGGAAGAAAGGGAGCGAUUAGGCGACAAUGAUACCAUCAACGUACAGACCGGGUCACCCAUAGGCGAGAAGAUGGAUACCAACCCAUAA